AACAGAAGGCCGUUAGAGGCAGCUGGUAACACAUGUAGCCUACUGCGUCUGGCGUGGAGUACGUUGCUCCACGAUUGUGUUUGCAUACCCUAUUUGGAAACUACACAUGUUAACGUCACAGUAGAAAUAAAAAGAAAUUGCUGCAAUUACCGAAAGCCACUGUCACUAUAAAGGUGUAGUAAACCGCUGGUGAAAAAUCCAGCUAGUUCAUUGAAAAUGUUUCCUGUAUCAGCAUUUGCCAUUCUUCUUUUCAUCUGCUUUGUCUCAGGUGGGCCAUGUGACAACAUCGUCACCCUAAGUUCAUCCUGGCCUGGAGGUUACACAGCCGCGCUAAAAGUUCCAAUUAAGACCUCAACCACUAGUUGGAAGAUGGAUAUAACAUUUUCUUCAGCUCUUACAAGUCUUUAUGUUUGGGACGCUACAUCGACUAUGACGAGUACAGUCCAAUACCGGCUGAGCAGUGUCAGCUAUAAUGGAGUUCAGAAUGCUGGAGCUCUAUUGAGCAGCGUCGGAUUCAAUGCUUACUAUGUCUCCACAGUAAAUCCUGCGCCCACCAUAACUACUAUUCUUUUUAAUGGCAUUAAUGUCUGUUCUAAUGUAAUUACAACUACCUCCAACCCACUGACGACAACAAAUUCAGUGACAACAACCAAGCCUUUAACGACAACUGCUACACCAUUGACGACGACCACUGCACCGUUAACAACAACUACCACCAGACCAACGACUACAACUUCAGGCAGUGGCUUACCAACCAAAUAUAACUACCCCGAUGCCAUCACAAAAUCGCUGCUCUUCUACUAUGCGCAGCGAUCUGGUCGUCUUCCGAUCGCUGAUAACCCAAUUCCAUAUCGGUCUGAUUCGGCAUUAAACGAUCGUGGACAAAGCGGAGAGGACCUCAGUGGAGGCUACUAUGAUGCUGGAGAUCAUUUGAAGCUCGGAUUUCCAUUAGCCAGCACUAUUACGAUAAUAGCAUGGUCGAUCAUCGAUUAUCCACUUGGCUAUUCCUCUGCAGGGCAGUUGACAAAAGCCCAAAAUAUGGUGAAAUGGGCAACCGAUUAUUUUAUCAAAGCUCACGUAGCAGCUAAUAAAUUAUAUGGACAAGUGGGCGAUGGCACUCUAGAUCACAACUAUUGGGGACGUCCCGAAGAAAUGACUAUGAAUCGACCGGCUUUCUUCAUUUCCGCAUCAAAUCCUGGAUCUGAUUUAGCCGGAGAAACAGCUGCAGCAUUGGCGGCUACUUCCAUAGUUUUCAAAUCAGUCGAUAGCACUUAUUCAGCCCUUUGCUUGACAAGAGCCAAGCAAUUGUAUGCCUUCGCCAAACAGUAUCAAGGGAAAUAUAGUCAGUCUAUUCCUCAAGUAGCCGACUUUUACCCAUCAAGUGGAUAUGGAGACGAAUUGGCUUGGAGCGCUAGUUGGCUUUACAGAGCUUCUAACGAUGUUGCUUACCUUAAUGAUGCCAAGGUAUUUUACAGCCAAUUCGGUCUCUCGAGCAAUCCUUGGGAAUUUUCAUGGGAUUCGAAAGAGCCGGGUGUACAGAUUAUGUUGGCCAGACUGACGGGCGAAACACAGUACAAAAAUGCAGUGAAAGCGUUUUGUGAUUCCAAAGUCAAUCAGCCAAAAACGCCCAAAGGACUGCUUUUCGUCAACAAAUGGGGAUCGUUGCGCCAUGCAUCGAAUGUCGCAUUUAUUUGUCUUCAAGCUGCUGAUCUUAACAUCAGCCCACUGACGUACCGCCAAUUCGCGCAAAAGCAGAUUCAUUACGCGCUUGGAGACACAGGUCGAAGCUUUGUUGUAGGUUUCGGAGUCAAUCCUCCUGGAAAGCCACACCACUCUUCCAGUUCAUGUCCGAACAGACCUGCUCUUUGUGAUUGGAGCGCCUACAGUUCAACCGCACCCAAUCCUCAGAUUCUGUAUGGAGCUCUUGUUGGUGGACCGGACAAUAAUGACUUCUAUGUGGAUGAUCGGGAAAACUAUGUUACAAACGAAGUAGCCUGUGACUACAAUGCGGGCUUCCAGGCGUCUUUAGCCGCUCUACAAUCACUGGCUUUCCAAGGACUCUUCAACUAGAUAGCCGAUUGCAACGAUACACGAAAGGAGAAGCUAUAAGGUGACAAUUCAAAACUUUCAUCGAAAAAUGCCAUCAACAAUCUAAAAAAGAGAAAAGGUAACUUUUCUUGUUUCGAUCUUUGACGCAGAAUCUGUUGUGUUUCUCUUUCGUUACAUCGUUUUUUGGUUUUAAAUAUUUUAACCAAUAAUUGGAUUCCGAGAAGAAUGAACACAAAUAUCUCUUUUCAAAUGGAAAUAAAAUCCACUGCAUGCCCAA